CUUCCAUCUUCCAUCUCCCUCGUUAAUUAAAUAACCAACGAACACUGAGAAAGUGAAUAUGCUUUACCGGUAAAUUUCCAGAUGAUUGAUCUCCACAUCUACUUGGUCCCGUCGGAGAUGUGGCGAGACAAAUACAACAACAUGGACAAUGAGGAUGUGUCCGAAAGUAUCUCCUUGGGUUUCAUCCGAAUCCAUCCAGAGUCGAGAGUCUACGAUCUGAGGGAAGAGAUUGAGAUCCAGCUGAAUUCUCCCAACCUGCCCCAGGAAUACGUCUUUCUGAAGAGCGUCGGUCGAUGCCUGACAAAGGUGAAACACCACCAAGAACUUCGGCUGAAGGCGAAACACUUUCUUCCUCAACUGAAUUCCUCCCAGAAAUACGGUAACGAGGUGUACAUCAUUGAGACAUCGAUCAGGGGGAGUGACAGCAGUACGUCCAACAGCAUAUUGAUGUCAUCUGACCAGAGAAACAGCAGCAACAAUGGCCAUGUGACAGGGGGGAAGUUCAGAUACCAGAAUGGCAACAGUAAACCACGAAACGGGAACAAUUACCAUUUGCCGUUUCUGCAGACAUCAGAGAAAUUGCAGAGACUUGUCCGAGUGGGACCACCCCAUCAGAAUCUGAAACACAUCAAUCCAACCCCACUUGACCCCUCCUCAAACUCAAAUUCGGAUAGCUACUUAGGGUCCCCUACGUACCAGAUGGGGUCCAAACUUGUGGACGAUUCAAACUACUACCUAGAAGAAGUUGCCAUGGGAACCAAAUUACACACGCCCCCAUCGCUGUCGCUCUCACCGACAAACCACAACAAUCGCCGUCGUCGCCGUCAGCGCCGCAUUCCUGCAAGGUCAGUGGCGAGGAGCGACCCGGUGUCGAAAAAUGUUGCUGGCAAUGACGACGAUGAUGAUGAUGACAAUGAUGAUGACGAUGACGAUGACGAUGUCCUGCCCACGAUUCACUCUUACUCUGAGCCUCCCUACUUCUCCCACCCGCACUUCCGCUCCCCCUACGUACACUCCUAUCCGUACCUCAUCAAUGACAUGGUGAUGCUCCCCGUGAGUCGAUCGCCUCGCAAUUCAAAGCGAAGAGCACGCAACAACAACAACAACAACAACAACAACGACGACAACAAGGAUUAUGAUGACAACAACAGCAACGACAACGGAGAGACCCGGCAGAGUCGAAGUCCAAACACAGGAGCUUCUUUCCCUGGCGAUCUUUCCCAACGUUCCACAAGACGAUCCAAAGAAAAGCCUAAAGCUGAGGGUAACGUAACGAGCGACAGAAGAACCAUGACAGACGGCAAAGAAGAGGAGGAUGAGGACCUACAUAACCCGACUGAUGAGAAACGCUUACGAGAAAUGAGGGCAAGAGAGGAGCUGAAACGGGAACAGGAAGAACAAGAGAGAUGGGAAAGGUUGGACAGCGAACAACAGAAUUUCGAAUUGGGGCUCACUAAGGGAGCUCAAGAAAAGCUGCGGCAGCAAGAUGGGGUCAGUGAUGGAGAGGGGCCAGGGGAGGAGCAACGGGAAGAACGUUUGUCACCGCGGAAGAAGAAGAAAGCAGAAACUGGAAAAGGGAAAGAGCAAGGGGAGGAGGGAGAAGAGGAAGGUGAAGGCGAGGAUAAUGAGAAAGGAGAGGAUGGGGAGGAGAAAGCAGAGGAGGUGAAAGGAGAAGUGGCUGAAGAUGGAGUUGGAAACGAGGAACAAGAUGAGGAAGCAGAAUUGGUAGAGCAGAACACGGAAAGAGAUUCACGCAAUGAGAACAGCAUCAGGCCGGAACCAAACACUGAGACCACCACUUCCAAAAAGGAACAAUCCUUGAGCCCAGCUCAGAAAACCGCUGAACCUGAAAAUGCUCGAUCAAAACAAAAGAAUGAGACCGAAAAACUCCAAGAGAUGCUAGAAUCGAUUCGGGAACAACGGAAAUCAAAGGAACGGCAGAGAGAAGAAUUAGUGAAACGGGCCAAAUCCUUGCAGGCCAAAAUACAGAACCGAAGAAACCACGCGAGAGACAUUUGGAAGAAGAAAUACUACGAAGAGAAGAAGAAGACGUCACCCCUGGAGGAACAGUGUAACAAACAGCGCCAUGAGCUGGAUGUGAUCCAUCGGAAAUAUAUUUCUUCCCUGGAACCAGCGAAGGAGAAACCAACGAAAAUAACGACUAAGAAACCAUCUGAGAAGAACAACAUCCUUAUCCAGGCGAGCCGUCUGAAACACGAGACAGAAGAUUUACAACAUCGGGUUGAUAACGCAAAGAUGAAGCUGACAGCUGAGCUAAAGUUGAGAAACCAGACAGAAAUUGAACUGAAGGCCCUGAAAGGGGAACUGAUUCAACAAAAGAUCAACUUAAAUUUGAUCCGUAAACAGCAACUGUCAAGCAUUAUGACCCAAGGAGGCACACCAGCAGGCAGCCAGGAUAUGCUCAUUGCCAUCAAACAACCCAUAAUACAAACUACAAAAUGAUACAGAAAGACAUCUCGAAUCAUUUGAAAAACUAUUUGUUAUAUAUGCAUACAAUAUAUAUAUAUAUAUAUAUCCAAAAUAAGCAACAAGUAUAUCUUAGGUAAUGUGGUACAAUCAUUUCAUACUACUUCAUUUUAUUAAACACUGUAAGUAUUAUAAUCACCCCAUGGAUUUAUAUGGAUAAUACCAUACAAAAUUCUGGUGCCUCUGACUUAAG